AUGUUCCGCUUAGUCUGCGCCCUGUGCGCCCUGUGUGUCUCGUGCGGAUGGGCAGCCACCAGUGAAGAUCUGUGGAGCGCUGUGGCACAAGGUGACACGCAAGAAGUCUCAAAGGUGCUUGACUCGGAUCUGUUAGACAUUAGCACCAUACGUGGUGACUCUGGAGAGACGGUGCUACACGAGGCGGCGCUCGCAAACCACACCGACAUUUUGCAGCUGCUAAUCGGGGCGUGGCCCGCUGGGAUUCAUGCCACUACCCCCGCUCGAGAAACACCUCUAAAUUGGGCUGCACGGAGUGGCCACGCAGAGCCCCUCAAAGUCCUGCUGGAUCACUGGCCGGAAGGGCUUUAUGACAACAGCUCAGGCAAAACGCUUCUGCACGAGGCAGCUGUUCAUGGCCACCUGGAGGUCAUGGAACUUCUACUGGAGCGCUGGCCUGAAGGGUUGGGUGCCACGGACUCUUCCGGCAACACGCCGUUAAGUGUGGCAGUUGACUAUGAGCAUUGGGAAAUGGCAGGGUUUCUGCUGCUGCAGUGGCCUGAAGCCGACUCUGACCAAAGCCUCGAUUGCCGUUUUGUUGUAAGUAUGGGUUGCAACAACAGCGGGACCUCCAGUCCUGACUGGCAGAAUGCUGCUAGGAGCUUGAGGUGUUCUCAGCCUGGCCGCUUCUCGUUGCCCGAGCUGCAGCUUUGGCUGCAGUGCGGUGGGGAUGUCGGGGCUCAGCCGCAAGGAACACCGCUCGUAGAACUGCUUGAGGAUGAAGCGGCGAAAGCAUUCUUGGAGGAGCUGCUCCCGAAAGACAGCAUCAAUGUACUGGAGGAUUGGCGUACUUGGCUGGUGCCUGCUGCUGCUGUGAUCGCAGCCGCAAUAGACGUGUACAUAGAGCAGCGUCUUGUCAAAUGUCAACAGCAGCCGGAGGUUGCCGAAGACCCGUUUCUGGAGGGUGCCAAGAAGCUGGUGGCCCCAGUCUUUGUGCGCUGCGUUCUGCUUCGCAGGCUGCUCCGGUUGAACGAGGUUUGCGUCGCCGUGUUCUUUGUCGGCUUCUGUCUGAUGCUGGCAAACUGGGUAGUUUGGCUACCAGUGGUGGCCCUGCUCUACGUGGUUCCCGGAGCUGCCAUCCAUGGAUGCAAGACGGUGCUGCAUCGCCCUAUUCUGGCGCUUACAACAGACGGCCUGCCAAGCCAGGUUGCGGCCCUCUUCCGUAUGAUUGUGGUGUGGGGCAUCUCAUUAUGGAUGGAACACCAACUUACUGAGGGAACACUUCCUGCAAGCUGGUUUUCCUUCAUGGCGAACCCGCACUACGACUCCUGGUACGCAGAGAAAGUAACUGGCCAGUGGCGCAACAGCAGGUUGCAAGACGACUGGCCCUUUGGUUGGGCACCAGAGUCUUGGACUGCAGAGUCGAUUAAUGAAGCGACCCUGGUGAAAUUCUCCUAUCUGAACACGACCGCGUACACGGUUUAUCUCUUCUGUGCCGUGCUCUGGGGCUGUUAUCAGCGGUUUUGCGCGAAGCGGCAGCAGAUCUACACAAGUGGCCCGGGUCCACGUGAGCAGGAGCAAGCUUGUGAGAUCAUGAAUGCUGCCAGGGAGCUCCUCCAAAAGGAACCGGCACAAUUCGGCGAGGUCGAUGAAAGGAUCAAACCCAUCGUCGCCUGUCAGUGGCCUUGCAAAGGCAGUGGGCUUUAUCAAGAUGUGGCGAUGACGGUGAUCGACAUGGCCUUGGACAUCAACACCGUUGUGAAGUUCAUCUAUCGGCAGGACUUCUAUUUGGGCUUUGUGAUGGGUUUCGUCGUGGUGCGAAGUGCUGUCAAGCAGCUGACGAGAGUACCGCCCUGGCGCUGGCGAGAGGCGGUAAGUGCCAGCUUACAUCGUGGCAUCUUGCGACAAGAUGUUCUGGACUUCCUGAAAGAAGAGAAGCGCUCAGCAGCAUUCUUCUGCGCCUUCUUCACGGCCUACUCCGCCUCCAACUCAGUCGAGACGGCCUUUGAGAUGAUCGUGCAAAUCAUCAGCAUGGGCUGGAGCAUAUGGAUGUUCACCAGCCACUUGGUCGAGGAGUACGAUUUGGACAUACGGCUGGUGGAUGACAGCGCGCCCGAAGCUUCCAGUUCAAAUAGGGGGGACACUUCCGUCACCACGGCCACCAAAGAAGGUACAGAAGGACCAGAGGCCCAGAUGCCGUCCACCCAACCGCCGGUAGAGGGUCUGUCGCCACAGUGCUGCGAAGACGAUGAAGAGCCAAGUCCUAAGGCCCGAGUGUCGCUGUGA